AGCACAAGUGCAAACUACAUUUUUAAAGGCAUUUAGUCCCUGGGUUUGACCGUUCGUUGUUUCUCACAAUGGAAAGCUCCGGUGCUGAGUAUAGUGCUGGAAACGCUGAGGUUGAUGUGACUCGAUCCAACCAGAAAACAAAACAACUUCUUAAAGAAAAUUGCUGCACUACCAGUAAAAAGCAGACCGUUUCUCGUCGGUGCCGCCCGGAGGAUGGAUUUACUAAUUUGAACCCGUUGAAGUUGAAACCUUAUAAUGCAUUUACACCAAUCAGUGAGUUAAGGCAAUUCCCCAACAGAGUACCAGGCUCUAGCAGCUUCUGCAACUCAUUUGAAGCGAACCAAAGCUUCCCUUGUGUGCGAAAAAGGCCCAUCCGGUACAGCCGGCUACAAAGCGGAAAGUUUAGAAACGAACGCAGGUCUCCGUUUCUCGUGCGGUUUGAUUCUAUCACCAACAUGGAUCGAGUGCGUGUGGACGGAUCGAACGGUGUGCGGUUCACUGCUUUCCGUGCAAAGAGUGGCUUUUACUCGCACGGUGUCGGUUCGCCGUACAAUAACUCGUACAUUGCCUCGACGUCGGAUUCGUUCGGUCGUUUGCCAAAGAGUGACAUCAAUCCUAACAAAGCUGUCUUCACGAUAGAUUCAAAAACCUCCCAAAUUUUGAUCGUGAACCGAAAUGCUUGCGAACUGCUGGGCUACAGCAGUCGGGAGCUGUGCGAAAUGCAGUUCACCACCUUGCUGUUGAACAAGAACAAAAUGCAUGCUUCCGCGUUGGCGGAAGGGCAGCUGAACAGUGAGGAUGGGACGGUGAUCAUCUUGAGCGGAAAAGUGGUGGAGCUGUGCACAAAGUACGACAAGAAUGUGGCCGUUUCUCUGUGGGUGCGACAGAUUGACAACGAAGGCCAGCGGUGCCUAGCGGUGGCUGAGCCCGUUGAGCGUAGGGUGGCGCAGCUUGUGGUCGACAAGAAUGGGUACAUCAUAUCUGGAGAUAACGAAGCUUUAACGCUGUUUCAGUUGGACUCAGUGGAAAAGUUCAAUGGGAUGGAUGUGGUGUUGCUGAUCCCAGCCAUACAGCUUCCGGAUCCGGAUAGCAGCCUAAUAGCGAAGCAUAUCAGAAAGCAGAAAGCGACCGGUAAAACUCAAGACGGUGUUUCGUUUCCUCUGUGUUUAUUGAUUUCGCAUCACGAAACCGGAACGGACACCACAGACAGCGGCCUAUCGAAUGCAAAUUCACACGUAUACCUUGUAACGAUCUGGGUGUACACGAAUUUGUCAGGAUUGCUGGUCAUCGACGAAAACUCUAUUAUAGAAUCAUGCAAUCAUCAUUUUUCAAUGCUAAUGUUCGGCUUUCCCCAAGUAAAAACAAUCGGUGAACAUAUAACGAAGCUCAUACCAAACUUUGGUCAGGAAAGUGACUGCCUCACGCGGAGUCGAAAUGCUACGCUAUCUUCGCUUUGCAAUGAUGAAUCAGAAACCGAGACUGAUCACGUCGAACUGGAGACCGAUAAGGAACGGUUUUUACAAAACCCCAUUAACGACAUCAAACAGGCGUCCGGCGAUGCGAUCAGCCCGAUCAAGGAGCCUCGGAAAGUGUGCUUAGAUUUCACAUCUUCUUCCAACAAUGGAAAGCGAUCGGUCAACAGUUCUGCGAUCGAAGGUAAAACGCAUCCGGGUGGAGAUGGUGGUGCCGAGCAAACUAAUCCCGAAAUGCUUGGGCUAAACCAGAUCGGGACGGUAGUAACGGUCACAGAGAAUGAAGAUGUACACGGCGUGUCCGAACCAGCGGUGUUACCUUUAGGGCCUGUACCAACGAAUGCACUUUACUUGGUAGAUAAUAGUGAGAACAAUCGAAAUUAUGGCAACGUAUCGAACAAUGCACCAUGUAACAUUCACCUAAAGGCCUGCUCUUCAAAAUUACCCGUAUCGUGCGUUAGUAAUAAUUCAUGUAGUGUGCUGGCGGUGGAAGAAUUCCCCAAUCUAACCGAAACCGAUUUGCUGACUCCAGUGAACGAUAACUCGUUGUGCAUGAAUUUACUACAUCCGAAGAAUAUAUCCAUCAAUGAAUCGAAAAGCCAUCUUUACACAUCGGAAGAUAUCAAUUCGGCGUUGUUGAAAGACAGUACACCGGCCAGCGCACCGCCGAUUAUGUUAACCCCUCGGUUUGUGAAACCAUACGAGCAUGCCAAAGGGGGAGGAUCUCUGGUGACUUCUACCCCUGAUACGCAUAAGCGUCAUUCCGCGGGAGGUAUUAACGAAAUUGUACGGCAGAUGGGCGUCCCAGCGAAACGCACGAGCUACGCCGAUGGCAAGUACAGAGGAGAAGCCAUACACCACGAUGGCAACGUGAUUGACAUCAUCUAUACAAUAUCACACCAGCUUCUACCCUGUGGCCGAAAAGUGUACUGUAUUUGGAUUAGUCGAGACCCGGAAUCGUCGUACAACAAUCUUGAAGACGCGAACGUAACGCUCACCUUCAACAGCAUCACCAGCACGAUAGAGAACUCGCUUGGUCCGGGGGCCACCAAGAGCACGAAUGCGACACCGGGUACCGGAGGCGCUGCCGUGAGCCAAAGUCGACCGAAUUCCGUGUCCCUUGUGUCGCAGUGCGAGGAGGAGCAGGUAUUUGGCGAGUAUAACAAACAUUACACCACGAUCAAGCAAAUCGGUAAGGGUGCGUACGGUUACGUGAAGCUGAGCUAUCGUAACACCGAUCGACUGCUCGUCAUCUCCAAGUUCAUACUAAAAGAAAAGCUCUGUUCGAACUUUAUGAUCACGAGCGACGAUAAGCGCGAGAUUCCGAUGGAGAUAUACCUGCUGACACACGUGAAGCACCCAAACAUUGUGACCGUGUUCGAUGUUUUCGAGAACGAAAAGUUUUUCCAGCUCGUGAUGGAGGUGCACGGUUCGGGCAUGGAUCUGUUUGAGUUUAUCGAUCGCCGGCCCGCCAUGACGGAGACGCUCGGUUGCUACAUAUUCCGGCAGAUUGCGAACGCAGUCGACUAUCUGCACUCCCUCAAUAUCCUUCAUCGCGACAUUAAGGACGAGAACAUAAUCAUCGAUCAGCACUUUCACGUGAAACUGAUCGACUUCGGGUCGGCCACGUUUAUGCAGGAGGGAAAAUUAUUUUCCACCUUCUACGGCACCACCGAGUACUGCAGCCCGGAGGUGCUGGCCGGCAAUAAGUAUGCUGGGCCGGAGCUGGAGAUGUGGUCACUGGGAGUUACGCUUUACGUGCUUAUGUUCUUCGAGAAUCCCUUCCUGGACAUUGAGGAAACGCUCAAGUCGGAGCUCAUCAUACCGCAGGAAAUAAGCCAAGAGCUGGAGUACGUUCUCCUUGCACUGCUGGAUAAAAAUCCCAAAACGCGCAUCACCAUGCGACAAUUGAUCGGCUGUGAGUGGAUGACGCAGGAGAUCAAUCCCAUGGCGUUCAAUUUCGCUGAAAUCGUGCCCUGCGAGCCGUAUGAGGUGAAUCCGGAUAAGUACUACAAUGGGCAGAUUUACUCCAGCCAAACUGGACUUUCCACGUCUCCGCACAGUUUGUCGCUGGUAGACGACGAGGACGACGGCGAAGACGAAGACGAUGAGCAUCACGCACACAUCGACGAUUCGUUCGUUGACCCGGAGGAGCUGCAAGAGGACGACAUUUGUCCACUGAUGCACGACGAUGAAAUAAAACAGGAUCGAUCUUAUGGAAUGUGUGAUAGCAGACUGACGAAAGGAAUACACUCGCUUACGAUGCAGGAUCAUCCGGAGACAAAGUCUACACCGUGCCACAGCCAUCGCAGCCUAGUCAUGCCUCCUUCCGUCGAUGUCCCAGCUAUGCCGAAGUCAGCGGUUUUGAGUACAGGCCAAAGUAUGAAUUGUGUUAAAGACGAACAAAAUGUUGCACAAGCAGACCCGGAUGAUGCCGCAGAUCCGGUCGAUGAGCAGACCGCGCAUCCUCAUACGCAGUGCAAGGGCGGUGGUGAAGCUGUUUUCGAAAACGAUUCCGUGCCAACAUUCCUGGUUCAGAAGGAGAUUAGUAGUAAUACAGAGAACAACGAACAGCAGACGGUCAGUAUGAACGGCCAUGCGCAGAAUCAUGCGAGCCUCGGUAAUCUUUGCGAUCGAGAAGAAAUCUCAUUCCCUACGGAAAACCCUACGAUCAAUGUCGAACUGACGCCAGCGAUAGAAGAUGAGUACGAGAAUGAAACAUUUGAAGAUGAUGGCGAAGAUUGAUCAAGCAGAACUUUGCCCAAAAUAGACUUUCAGCCUUGCUUUCGUAUCUAUUAUAUCGUAUCAACCGAUCCUAGUCAGUGCAAUUUUAAACACGAUUUUGUUCCUGAGCCUACUUUGUUACAAAAUUGUUCAACAAACGAUCGCUUAGCUCCAUCUAAAUCAUUAUGAUGUGAACGUAAUCUCGAUGCGAUCUUGGAUUGAGAGUUACAUAAAGUGCGCACAGAAAAUCCAUUAACAAAGAAACAAAGUUAGAAACUUGUAGAUCAUUAGGAAUAAAUAAAUAGGCAGGGUCCGCGCAGUAGGUUUAACUAGAACAAUUAUAUUCACAUCAUCAAAAAAAAAAAAGGUAACAAGACCGUGGAAGAUGAAAGGUAUUCCCCGCGCAUGGACCGCUUCUAGUUAAUCAUCUCAUAACACGAAA